AUGGAGGGCCAAAUCGAGGGUUUCGAGAGCGAGGACGAGGUGCGACCGCUGCUCAUGCGCGGAUCUGCCGCGUGCUCCUUCUCGGCUUCCACAGUCCCUUCGUCCCCGGCGUCGUCUGUGGGAACUCCAGAUGUAUCGACAGACAACCUUCCGUACAAAGGUAACUGGGAGGAACCGUGCUUUCCGAAAAACCGAGUGCAGUAUCCGUCCCCUUCCGCUGUGGACAGUGCGCGCGGCCGCAAACCUCUGGAUGUGGGAGACGACUUUGGAGAAAACACGUCGCUCCGGAGCCUCUUUGGAAAGUUCCGCGCCGCCGCACGCCGCGUUUUCCUCCAUCCGGCGUCUCUCUCGCCGCUCCUCUUCCAUCACUCGUAUUUUCUCCCGCGAGGCGACACUGAACACGAUCUGGGAGAUCUGGUCCAGGUGCCGUCGUCGCGUUCCGCUCCACUGGCUGUGCCCGUCCCCUCCGGGCCCGCUUCGUGGCUGCCCUCAAACAAGCUGCUCCCAACCGACAGUUUGGUCGCGGGACUGACUCUCCGAGGCUGCGUGGGAGAAAUGGCUGGGACAUUCGCCGUCGCCUUCUUCGUGCAUGCGGCGGCCCGCGCUGCGAGUCUGGGGUCAAACUCGGCCGGGGAAGGCGAGAACGGCCCAGAGGCGGUCUUUACUGGCUGGGGCCUCGCAGCACGGCUCGCGCUGCUCCUCUACGCGGUCGGGGCUGUCCUAGGUUUCUUUUGCAACCCAGCCUUCCUCUAUGCUGGGUACAUCGCGCUCUCUCGCUCUUCACCUUCCUCGACUGGCAGUCGCUGCGACGUCUCGCGAAUGAAUUGCUUCUCUAUCAACCUCCUCGUCUGUCUCCAAUACCUCGCGGCAGGAGCCGGAGCAUUCUUCGCUCUCUAUGUCCUUCCCUUUGAUCGCCAAAGCGCGGAGGCUGCAGCCAAGGAAGAUCUCCUUUUCGGCCCUCACCUGGCUUGGCCAGCUCUCACCGAAGCUCUGGGCGCAUGCCUCAUGGGCGCAGCGGUUCUUCAGCUCAUUGCGCUCUCCUCGUUUUUCCGAACUUCUCGCCAAGAGGUGUCUUCUCUAAACUCAAGCCGCCGCCGUGUCGACGGAGCGCCAGGCGACCACGUUGCUGCUUCUUCCGUGUCUUCUUCUCUGCGCCGCUCCUUUUUCUCCCGACCUUUCCUUUUUUCCGGAAAGAAGGAAGAUCCCCUCGUCCCAGCGUCUGCGCCACAAAACAACCCUGGAAAGCCUCCAGCUUGGGCUGUGGCUCUUCCUUUUUUCCUGCUUCUUCUCGCGUUCUCUCUGCCUGCCUCUCGGUCGGCCUUCAAUCCGGCUAUCGCGUACACGUCGAACUGCGCUCGGCGAGAAGCCGCGAGUUUCUUUUUUGCCCAACGAGGAUCUGGUGCGAGCUCAGAAACGCCGGGUCCGGUCACAGCCGUCUCGGCAACUGGCCGUCGGUCUCGAGGGGAUGUGAGUGUUGUCCGCACACCUGGAGCAGACCCCCAGCAGGCGUCGCCCCGCGUGGCAGGGGCGAAGAACGAAGCGGGAAAUACAGACGGCAGCACGCAGCUGGGGGGACUGUCUGUCGCGAGGGCAGAGAACGGAACGUUCAUCGAGCUGGAGUCUUCCUCUUCUCCGGCAGAGACUGCGUCGCGACCGCCGGGUGUCGUCUCUUCUCGUGUGGUCUCUUCAAGCAACUCGUCCGCGCUUCCCUCAACCGCUGCCUCCUCUGUUCCUUCUCUUGCUUCUGCCUCCGCGGGUCCUCGCCUCCCUGGUGUGGUUGCGUUGUCUUUGCUCGACGUCGAGAGGGAGAAAAGGGAAGUAAAGAGAACAGGAGCGAGUGAGCAAGAUGGUCAGUCACUUCCUGCAAGCGCGUCGGAAUUCUUCGACGAGGAAAGUGAACAAGUCGGCGGCCUUCCCACGUUCCUGCUCCCACCAGGCAUGCCAGAAAGAGAAGAUGUCGAGGGAAUCCAGAUUUUAGACAGAGAAGAAGGAGACGGGGAGAUUCUCUUCGAGUUCGAUGAAGCCUGUGCCACUGCAUCCCCGUGGUUCUCUUUCUUCCUCCUCUUCUCUGUUGCACCGUACUUUGGAGCCUUCGCUGCGGCUGUUUUGUGGAAGCGGUUCGGAAACAUGGAGAAACACUCCUGGUUGCAGGCGAAUGCGUCACUCAACAGCGGCUCAUUCUGA